AUGCCACCUUUCACUUACCACGUCUUCCUCAGCUUCAGAGGCAAAGACACCCGCAAGAACUUCACCGACCACCUCCACAGAGCCCUGAAGCAGGAAGGCUUCCACACCUUCAAAGACGACAACGACAUCAACCGUGGCAAAAACAUAGGCGAAGAAACCAAACAAGCCAUCCGACAGUCGAGAGUCUCCAUCAUCGUCUUCUCCAAGGACUACACUUCCUCGUUUUGGUGCCUCGACGAGCUGGCCAUGAUCAUGGAAGAGCAUCGUCGAUCAGCUCCACACCAUGUCGUUCUUCCCGUCUACUACGACGUCAAUCCUGCUGAUUUGGCCAAGCAAAUGGGAAGCUGCUUUGCCAAAGGUUCUGCAGAAAUGGAGAUAGUUGGUGUGUGGAAGGAAGCACUUCUUCAGGUUUCAGAAAUUGCAGGACUAGUCUUGCAAAAUGGGUACGAGGCACGGUUCAUCCAAGAUAUAGUUGAGAAAGUGAGAAGCAGAGUUACCCGGGUGCCGCUUCAUGUGCCUUCCAAUCUUGUUGGCGUCGAUCAUCACAUAAACCGCAUCAGCUCAUGGGUGCUGCAGAGUGACGAGUGCAGCUCCGCCAGUAAUGGCGUCCUGGCUGUAAUCUACGGGAUCGGUGGGGUCGGGAAAACGACCAUUGCAAAGGCAGGUUAUAACCUGAGCUUCGACAAGUUUGAUGGGUCAAGCUUCUUAGCGAAUGUUAAGGAAGCUUCAGAGCAACACAACGGGUUAGUCAACCUGCAAAGGCAGCUGGUUAUGGAUGUUUCAGGAAAUGAAGGUGGUGAUGUGAAAAUAAAUAGACUCAACAACUUACAUGAAGGAGUUCUACAUGUCCGGGAUGCCAUCUGCUUCAAAAGGGUUCUCCUAGUUCUCGACGACGUUGAUGAAGUCGACCAAUUGGACGCCAUACUUGGAGCUAGAGACUGCUGCUGCAGAGGAAGCAAAAUCAUCGUGACGACUAGACACGAAUCGCUGUUCAGGCGAAGUGACAUGACCACCAAGUUCCGAGUUGAGCCGCUGGACGAAACCAAUUCGCUGGAACUAUUCAGCUGGCAUGCGUUCGAACAGCAUCACCCAUUGAGGAGCCACGUGAAGCACUCAAAAUCGGUCGCAAACUACUGUCAGGGUCUGCCUUUAGCUUUGGAAGUUCUGGGCUCUUCACUCGCCAACAAGAGCAUAGAGCUGUGGGAGAGUGCGCUGGAAGAAAUGGAGACGAUUCCACCUAGGAAAGUUCUGAAGAUUCUGAAGAUCAGCUACGAUUCGCUGGAGAAUGAUCACCAUAGGAGAGUGUUCCUCGAUGUGGCCUGCUUCUUUGUUGGGAUGAAGAAAGAUUACGUAGUGAACAUACUGAAUGGGUUCGAAAUCAGCGCAGCAUACACGAUUCAGAGCUUGAUGGAUCGUUACCUUGUGACGGUCGAUGAAGAUCGUAGGGUGAGGAUGCAUCAGUUGGUUCGGGACAUGGGGAGAGCAAUUGUUUUCGACGAAUCCGAGAAUCCAGGAGAGCGCAGCAGGUUGUGGCGGCAGAAGGAUGCCAUUGAAGCUUUGAGAGAGAGCACUGGGACUGAAAGAGUCAGGGGACUAUCCCUGAACUUGGAAGAACACGGCCAUGGAAGUCCUGAUGAAGAUUCUUCCAGGAAAUGCCUUCUCCGGUUAUUCAGGUGGUGCAGAAAGGCUGAUGGAUCCAGAAAGUUGCCAGAUGGGAUGAUGAAGUUUCAGACGAAAGCGCUUGCAAAGAUGAGCAGGCUGAGAUUGCUGAAGCUCGGUCAUGUUAAGCUCAACGGAGAAGAAUACAAGGAUCUCCCCAGAAGCUUGAUCUGGUUGUUGUGGAGAGGAUUCCCCUUGAAAUCCAUACCUCAAGCUUGGCAUUUGGAGAAGCUCGUUGUGCUCGAUAUGCGUCACAGCUGCCUCAAGUUUGCCUGGAAAGGACUAAAGUUUCUCCGAGAAUUGAAGAUCCUGAACCUGAGUCACUCUCAUGAUCUCGUAAGGACUCCAGACUUUCUCAGCCUACCUAGCCUGGAAAAAGUAGUACUCAAGGGUUGCAUCCGUCUGCUAGAGAUCAACAAAUCCAUAGUCCAUCUCAAAAAGCUUGCAGUUCUAAAUCUGAAAAAUUGCAUGAGCCUUAGAAGACUUCCAAACAACUUUGAACUACUAUCCCUCGAAGAACUCGUCUUAUCUGGUUGCACAAAUCUUGAUCUCCCAAUAAAGCCAUGGAAGAUGGAAUCCCUCAAGUCACUUCACAUGGAUGGAGUUGCAGUGAAUCAAUCACAUAAGAAGAAACUAACAUCUCUUUCAGUUUCUGUUUUGCCAUAUUCAUUGCUUCCCGAGACCUUCACAGAUCUCUCGGUUCUCGAGAGCCUGGACUUAUCUGGAUGUAACAGCCUGAUAUGGCUUCCGGAGCUCCCAAGGAGUUUGGAGAAGCUAAAUGUGUUCCACUGCAACUUGUUACGGAGGAUCACAAAUCUUCCAAAUUUCUAUAACUUGUUGCUUUUGAGCAUCAUCUAUUGCAACGAGCUCGUCGAAAUCCAGGGAAUAUUCAAGCUGGAGCCUGCUGGAGAAGAUGCUAUUGAGCUGAUCAACCAAUCUCAGCUAUACCAUUUGGAAUCUGCAGACAAAAUUGAAGUGACACUGAUUAAUAUGCUCACGUCAACAACAAUGAAGGCAUCUAGUCUCCAGAUACUGCAUGAAUGCGGGAUAUCCAAUCUUUACCUUCCAGGAAUAGAGCUACCAAGCUGGUUCCAUCACCAAAAGGAAGGGUCAUUUCUACAAUUUCAAGUGCAUGUGGUUCCAGGCCACGAGCUCUGUGGACUGAACCUCUGUGUCAUAUAUGGCUAUGAUGACUCAAAACCUUCCAGAGAGAUAUCUGUGGACAGAGAUUGGAUCGAAUUUGUGGCCAGAAUCACAAACCAAACCAAAGGCGAGAAGUGGGUUUACUAUCCAAUCAUUCUAGGGAUCCCAGAAGGCAAUAAUGAAAUGUUAUGGCUGAGUCACUGGAAAUUCGACAAAGGUCUGAUAGGAAGUGGGGAUAAAGUUGAUGUUUCAGUUCAAGCAAGACCUUUAGUAGUAAGGAGAUGUGGGGUACAUCUAGUGUACAGAAAGGUAUCCAUGACCCACGUAAAGCUCGGAAGCGAAAAAGGGGCAUCUCUAGAGGAAAUGACUAUCAGUGAUUACGCAAAGGCAACAGGGAAGAUCAAACCAGGUUGCAAUCUUCUGAACAACUAUGUGUAUAGUGGGUGCAGUAUGUUUUACAUAGAAGAGGAAGGUGAACCAAAGAAGCAUCUCUUCUACGAGGCUCACUUUUUCUCUUAG